AGCUGCACCGUCGACGGCUCCUGGGUAGGCGGACUCCUGGGGCUGAAGCACGCCGCCGACGCCAUCCGGGAUGGGCAGUGCGACGCCGCGCUCGUCGUGGGCGGGAGCAUCAGCCGCUACGCCGCGACCUCGGUGCUGCUCAACCAGCUGGGGCUCGUGACCGACGAGGGGGUCACCAGGAGCUUCGAUGCAAACGGAACCGGGGCGGUGCGCAGUGACGGGGCCGUCGCCUUGUUCCUGCAGCGCGCCGACCAGGCCAAGCGAUGCUACGCCAGGGUGCUGGCCACCGAGGUCGAGUUCAUAGUGCCGCGAUGCGACCUGAACCUCACACUGCCCAGCCCAAAGGGCACCCGAGAUUUCCUACGGCGGAUUUACGAGAAGCACGCCAUCGACCCCAAGACGAUCGCCUACCUGGAAGCCGACGGCAACGGCAACCGCAUCCGGGACGCGUGCGAGCUCAACGCCAUCGACCAGGCGCUGGUCCAGGAGGCGGGGCGAGAAAGCCCCCUGCAGAUAGGCUCCGUCAAGAGCAACAUCGGCCACGUCGACUGCGUCAACGGCCUGGCUGCGAUCUGCAAGAUGGUGGUCGCCAUGGAGACGGGCGUCAUCCCGGCCACAAUCAACUUCCAGGAGCCCAACAGCGAGGCCACGGGUUUGGUAGCGGGCAGGCUCCAGGUCGUUGAAAAGAACACACCGUUGCACCUGUCCGAGGACAGCGUCCUGGCCGUCCACACCAUGGCACUCUCCUCCAUGGUGGGCCACGCUGUGCUAGGGGGCAACCCCCGCGGCCCCGGCCGCGUCCAGGACCCCGCCGACCACCUGCCGCGCCUCAUCACCUUCUCGGCCAGAAACGAGGAGGCAGCCGCAAGAGUCGUCAACAAGAUACAAUCCGCUCCAUUUCACACAAACUACUACCGCUUGCUGCAAGACGUGUUCAGCGACGACAUCAGAGGGUACACCUACCGGGGCUACGUCAUCUGCCCCUCCGUCGGGAAUGACACCCUUGUCGCGCCGCUCGAGAAGAGGCCAGUUUGGUUCGUGUAUUCGGGCAUGGGCAGUCAGUGGGCGGGCAUGGGAACGGCGCUCAUGAAGAUCCCCGUGUUCGCCGAGACCAUCGACCGCCUCCACGCCGUGCUGGAGCCACGCGGGAUGGACCUGAAGGCCAUCCUGACUGAAACGGGGCCGACAGCGUUCGACAACAUCCUCAAGUCAUUCGUGGGCAUCACCGCCUGCCAGGUCGCGCUCACCAACGUGCUCACGGCCGUGGGUGUCGUCCCGGAAGGCAUGGUGGGCCACUCCGCAGGCGAGCUGGGCUGCGCCUACGCCGACGGCUGCUUCACGGAGGAGCAGGCGAUCCUGGCCGCGUUUGCACGUGGCAAGGCCUCCAACGCGGUCCCGCUCAUCAAGGGCAAGAUGGCCGCGAUCGGACUCGGCUACCAGGAUGUGCUCCCCCGCCUGCCCCCCACCAUCGACGUGGCCUGCCACAACUCGUCCACCAGCUGCACGCUCUCCGGCCCCGCGCAGGACGUGGAAUCAUUCGUCAGGAAGCUCAGCGACGAGGGCGUGUUCGCCCGGGCUGUCAAUGUGUCCGACAUCGCGUACCAUUCGCGGUACAUCCAGCAUGCCGCACCGCACCUGCUGCAGCACCUCAAAGAGGUUAUCCCGCAGCCCAAGCCCCGUUCCUCCAGGUGGAUCACGACGUCGGUGCCCGUCGACGAGCGGGAUAGCGAGCUGGCUAAGUUCUGCUCGGCCGAGUACCAGACCAACAACCUGCUGAGCCCCGUGCUGUUCGAAGAGGCACUACAGCUCAUCCCCGAGAGGGCCGUCCUGAUCGAGGUGGCCCCUCACGGCCUGCUGCAGGCCAUCCUGAAGCGCGCGCUGCCUGACAACUACCACAUCCCUCUCACGCAGCGCUCCCAUCCUGAUCCCCUGCGACUCCUGCUCGCCGCUAUCGGCAGGAUGUCCUUCGCAUCCGUUUCCCCCAAAGUGUCUGCCCUGUAUCCUGAUGUGGACUUCCCUGUACCUCGGGGGACUCCAUCAGUGGCGCCUCUUGUGCUCUAUGACACAGAUGAAUCCACAAACAGUGAUAUGAUGCACCUAAAGGAUUACUGGCGCGAGGCGGGUGCAAGUUUGAACGUCAGGUAUCAUGUGAAAGUCAGCGGAUCACGUAUUUACCCGCUAUCGGAAGAGCUGGUUCUGAUGUAUGAAAGUGCACUCGCAAGAAAAGCCGAUGGGGAUGAGAUAAGUUUCCACGUAUCCUUACAAGAUAUCCUCGUGAAACAGUGGAUACCCAUCUCUCCCAACGACGACAGCUUUCUCGAGGCCCACUUCAUGACGGGCACGACGGAGACGCAACUCGUUUACAUCGACGAGAACGAC